AUGCAGACCGAAGAGAGGAAUGCCCGGGAGGAUUUGGCAGAGUACGUUGAUCCCAACACUGGAUAUGUCAUCAAAACACCACGCUCCGAUACCAGACGCUUCUUCCAAACAGGAAUUGAACAAAGCAUGUUGAAAGAUGUCUUUGGUGGCAGUGCAGAGUUUGAGAGUUUGAACCUUGUCCGAGUAGCGUUUGUCCUUAAGCGAGCAGUCACCAGCAACCGUUGUUGCGAGGGAACCACGAUUGUCUCCGGCGCCUCUGGCAUCAGCCUCGAGAUCGCAGAGGCAUUUGCAGAGGCAGGCGCCAACGUUGCGAUUUGGUAUCCUAGCAACAAGCACGAAGAGUCGGCUACAACCAUCACCGAAGAGGCGUCAAGUCCAACGAGCCCCCAGCACAAGGAAGAGUAUUGCAACAAACGAGAUCAUAGAAAAGAGGAAGAGAAAUCUGCGCUGGCCAAGAGGAAACGGAUUAUUGCAAACGAAACAACAAGCAUGAAGUGA